AUGGUACAUAUAUGGAUGGCAUUAGGAUUCCUUUUGCCUCCUAGAGAUACCAGUUUGCUGAUGGAGGACAUAGGCAGUGAAUACUUCAACAUUUUGUUGUCGAAUUCUUUGUUACAAGACGUGGAAACGGAUGAAUAUGGCAAUAUCACCUGUUGCAAAAUGCAUGAUCUUGUGCAUGAUCUUGCUGUAGAUGUGUCAACUAAUCACUCCCAAACCGUAACACCAAGUCAGGAUUCUAACCAGCUUUCUCAGGCAAUUUAUGUAAGGCUGGAGGGGUUUGAGGAUAUAAAACCAAAUAUCUACAAGGCCUACUUUUAUACAGUACAAUCACUAUACUCACAGGCUAGUAUUAUCAGUGUCCUCUUACCCAACCUCAAACACUCGAGAGUGCUGGUUCUAAAGUCAUUUUCUAAUGAGUUGCCAAGUUCGAUAGGGAAUUUGAAAUACCUUAAGCAUCUCGAUAUCUCAAAUUCUCUCGGGUGCAAGAGUUAUAAAUUGCCAGAUUACAUCUCAAGACUCUACAACUUGCAGACUCUAAGAAUUUCAGCUUUACAUGAGCUUCCAAAGAAGGCUUGCAACCUUCUUAACCUAAGACAUCUCUUUGUCGAGAAUAAAUUUGCAGACAACAAUCCUAGAAGAUGCAUGUUUAUUGGAAUAGAGAGGUUAAUUUGUCUUCAAACGCUUCCUCAUUUUGUUGUCAGUAGAGACCAAAAUUGUCUAGUUGGACAACUAGGAGGGCUGAAAAAUCUUAGAGGUAACCUUAAACUCUACGAUCUGAGGCACGUGGUUAAUAUGGAAGAAGCGAGUAAGGCAAAACUUUGUCAAAAGCCUCGUAUUCAGCAUUUACUAUUAGACUGGAGCAACAAUGAAAAUGAAAGGGAGGACAAAGAAUUUAACUAUGAAGAUGUGAUGAAAGGUUUAGAACCUCACACGUACCUGAAAGAAUUGACGAUUGACAACUUCAUGGCGAAAAAAUUUGCAUCUUGGAUUACAAUGAUGGACAAUUUGGUGAAAAUCACAUUGAGAAACGCCAACAGAUGUGAAGAAUUUCCACAACUGGGACACCUUCCUAAACUGAGGGAGAUGAAGAUAGUAGGGAUGGAUAAUUUGAGGGUUAUCAAGAGCAAUUUUGAUCAAGCCACAAACCUGGUUAGAACCCUGUAUCCAUCAUUGACAAAACUAAUACUGCGAGGGCUGACAAGGCUAGAAGAGUGGCUAGAACCAGUAACUAGUACUGAAGACCAAACUAGGUUCGUAUCGUUUCCUAAACUUGAGGUGUUAGAUAUUAAGAGAUGUUCAAAGUUGACAAGGAUCUCAAGUAGUUGUUUUCCAUCAUUAAAGGAGUUGGGAAUAUCAAAUUUGGACAGCGGCGUGAUACUAGAAACAAUGAGCAGAAAGAUUCACUCUCUCACACAUCUACGUCUGAGUGAUAUCAGUAACAGGGGAGGAGCCUCUUCUUCUUCUUACAUAAAUAUGGACUCUGUAAUUAACAAGCUCUUGAACAAUUCUCCGUCUUUGACAACUUUGAACCUAUAUGACUGCCAGGGAUUGACGAGCAUAACCCUUGGUGUCGCUACUGAAUAUUUAAAAGUGGUCAAUUGCGCUGAUCUAAUGAGUAUCAAUGUAGUUGAAGAGUCAAGUGCUCUAAACUACCUUAUAUUUGGGUGUCCUAUUCUAGAAGUGAGAUGUUGGAAGGGGAAUGGGAUUCAGCAGAUUCCAAAUAUAGAUUCCUAG